AUGAAUGUAGAGAGUGGAAGUGAGAGUGGCCGCGCAACUGGGAAUAUGAUUCGAAUAUGCGCUCGGAUGCCACUGGCUGAGUUGAGCGGUAUAUCUGGCACAAUACGAACAAUAACAUCCGGUCUGGGUGAUUUACAUAUGCAGUUGGAAGGCUACGAGCAGGUCUCCGAAAAGGCUCAAGCUCUCAUCAAAAGUAGAUCAAAAACAAGCUGA